CGAACCACAGAAGGAGCGGCCAUUUUCUUUUGUUCUCUUUCCUCAUAAUCUAAACGACGUGGAACGAAGUGACCAUCAUUUGGAGAUUUUAGUAUCGGAGACUAUUGUACUCUUUUAGGGAAUGUCAGCUACUAUCGACCAGCGACCCAAGGAUCACAGCGGAAAAGGGUACGUGAACAAAAAUGGCGAAUUACAGAAUGUGGCGGGUGAAGAUAUCGAUCGUUACCUCCAUCCGGGAGCGAAACAGGGCACCGAGAAACAGUUGAACUCUCAACAAGUCAACACGAGCUUGCCGAGCCAAUUAACGGACACUUAUCUGCCACCAUUUUAUCCUACGACAACAACGGGUUCCAAUACAGGAUUACCUCCGAUGCCAUUCCCUUAUCUGAAUGCUGCUGGAAUCAGCGACGGCACUUGGUCCACUGGAGUGCCUUCGCUCAAUCCUAACACGCUGUUUCCUUCAUCGGGUUUCGGAGCAGUUGGGAACGGAGAACAACUAUUACAAGACCAGAUGUUCAAUCACAAUGCAGGAGUCGCCGUUUCUACAAACGCUUAUCUAAGCAGUUUAACCCAUAACUCUCAGGGCCCCCAAGCACUCUAUUUUCCUGGAACAUCUACUGAUAUUUCAUGGGGGGAACAGUCUCAGGGGGCAGCAAUGUUGCCAAAUUUUUACCAACCACCACCACCUCCGACAUCUGAACACGGAGCUUUGAAUCCUAUUGGAGUUGAUUUGGACUCUUUGAAAGGAAAGGAGUUUGGUUCUGCUGGAAAUGUGGAAAAUGCCCUUUCUAGUUUGGCUCUAGGAGUAGAUGACAAAGGAAAUGAAGGGUUGAACGAUCAAACCAAGUUGUCAUCUCAGGCAACUAGUUCAUCAACUGUUACUCCUUCUGAGACUAAACCAAAGUCUUGGGCUGCUAUUGCAAGCCAACCAGCUAAGCCAAAGGCAAAGUUACCUCCACCAAAACCAAAACUGCCUCCUCCAAUAACCUCACAACAAACUGUUGGGCCUUCUAAAGUUGAAUCUGGAGCAUGGGGAAAUGCAGUAAAAUCUGGUCCCAACAAGCCUGCGAUUGGCCGCGGCACAAGGCCGCGACCCAAUACAGGAGGAAUGUCCGGAAAUCCAGGACCUGUGAAUCCACCAGUUAAUUCGUCUGAAUCUGUUCCAAUUCUUGAUAAAUUGAGAUCCAAGAAUUGUUACAAUCCAAAGGAAUUUGGCCUGCUUCAGAAAAAUGCCCGGUUUUUCAUUAUCAAAAGUUACAGCGAGGACGAUAUUCAUCGUUCAAUCAAAUACUCCGUGUGGACAAGCACAGAGCAUGGAAACAGGCGUUUGAACGAUGCUUUUAAAGAGCAGCAGGGCAGUAAAUCUCCAAUUUAUCUGCUUUUCAGUGUGAAUGGAAGUGGCCAUUUCUGUGGAAUUGCAAUGAUGACAUCGGAGGUCGAUAUGGAGAUUGAAACUGGAAUUUGGACUCAGGACAAGUGGAAAGGCAAGUUUGAUGUGAAAUGGUUCUAUGUGAAGGAUGUGCCAAACAAUGCAUUACGUCAUAUUCGCUUGGAGAACAAUGACAACAAGCCUGUUACCAAUUCCCGGGAUACCCAGGAAGUCCCACUGGAGAAAGGAAAACAGGUACUGAAGAUCAUUCAUUCUUACAAGCACCAGACAUCAAUCUUUGAUGACUUUGGCCAUUACGAGAAACGACAGGACGAGGAAUUUAAAAAGGGAGGAAAGAAAGUUGUUGGAGUCAAAGCACCAUAAAGAAGGGCAUGCAUAAGUCUGCCUUCACUAGCCAGAGAGUCUGAAUAAACUAUUAUUCCAAUAAUUCUUUUCUAGUUGGGCAAAGGAACCCUCUAAUGAUUUGCUUUUGGAGAAUUUCAAUUAUUCCAAUGGUGAUUUGAAAUUCUGUAUAGUCUCAACUUCAAAAUAACAAAUCACCAGUAUAAACUUUAAAAAAAAUAUACACUGACUCGUGCUGGGAGGAAGCUUAUGUCUUUAGGUAGGUAUGAGCUCAAAAGCUCCCCAAGUACAUUUAGUAGGAUCAUUGUUUUUUAUUCCUUGAGUACUGUAGGUUGGAGCCAAGGUGGUGCUGUUGGCUUAAGACUGUUAUGCAUAGCUGCUAUUAAGCUGGGGGUCCUUUCACAAUAAACCACAAUCGUGUGA